GUUAUGUUUAGAUCACCACAUGGUUUAUACCUAAAAUAGGCUGUGGUUAGUUGUGCUAAAUGAUUUCAUAUUAUUUAAACCUACAUAACAAAAUCCGACACAAUCAUGUCCUACAAUUCUUCUACUGAAACGAAUUGUGCUUGUAGUAAAGAUAUUAAAAAAGAUGAGGAAUCUAAUUUUGAUUUGGUUUUAAAAGAAAAGUGGAUGGAAGCCCAGAAAAAUGGAGUGUUUCGUUAUAUAUUAAACAUUCAAGAUUCAAAAAUAUUGGAAGGCAAAUAUCACUUUUUAGUCCAGCUAAAUAUUGAUCGUGGUUAUAAAAGAAGAUCUCCAGAAAAUAUUAUUUCGAUGAACCAACCUUUCAAUGAGAAAGACUUUAACUUUACAAAACUUGUGUCAGAAGAACAAAUAAUGAAUUUAAAUAAUACAGACAAAGAUGAUAUAAUUGCAAUUAAUGCUAGUCCGAUUGAAUACUGUCAUUCUCUGCUGUUGCCACAAAGAUGUAAACAAUUACCUCAACUUGUAACAAAGCAUAGCUUAUUGAAAGCUAUUGAGUUGUUUUCCUAGAGUUUGUCUUCAUAUAUCAGGGUGGCUUUUAACAGUCUUUGUGCUUUUGCAUCUGUGAACCAUCUUCAUUGGCAUUUAUACUACUUGAGAUGGAGGAUGUUACUGGAAUAUAUUGAUCUUGAAGAACAUGCAGGGCCUAUACAAAUAUUAAGAAACUACCCAGCAAAAGGAUUUUGUAUAAAGUAUUCCAAUGUCCAGAAUAUGGAUGACUUUGUUAAUUGGGCAUUUUUGAUAAUAGACUAUUUGCAAAAUAAACAAAUAGCACACAAUAUAUAUAUUACGAGAGGUAAAUCAAAUAUUAAAGAAAAUAAAGAGGAGUACAGAGACGUAAGAAUUUAUAUUUGGGCCAGAAAAUCUACUCAAGGUGCAAAAGAUAUUCAUGCGUUUAAUCUGGCAGCUUGCGAACUUUUUGGACACUUGUCAAUGAAAUCCAAAGAGGCAUACGAGAACGUUACGGAGGAAUAUGUAACACGCGCUUUGCGAGAGGCAACUGAAGAAACUUUCUCUUCCGUCGCUGCUGAAAUUAAAGCGUUAGUAGAGUCCCAAUAAAUGCAGCUGCAGUACAAAAACAGACAGUGUAAUACUUUCGAAAUCUAUAACUAAGCAAAAGCAUAUAAAUUUGGAAAUGGAGAAAACAACGCGGAGCUAAAAUAGUGUCCCCAGUAACAUUAUGCUUAAACCAUUUUAUAUUUGCGAACUAUAUUCGGUUAUCUUUAAAUUAGCAAAAAGAAAUUGUUUCCAAAUCCAAUUUCGCCGUUUGAGAGAUGCACAUUCAUAUACAUAUACAUAUACAUGUAUAUGGAUGUACAUUCGUGAUCUCUGGCAUAGUAACAUAACAUUCCUAUUGAACGUAGCAACCGCGAUUCGCACGGUGUCAAUUCAGACCACUCGUGUUCUGGUAUAGGCAAAUUAAAACAAAAUUGAUGUAAUAUUACAACUUUACUGUGUACAUUUUUUCAUUAGUAUAAACAACUAUUACUAUAAUAAUGUUGAAGAAAAUAUUAGGUUGGUGUGAUUACUAGUUCCUACAUACAAAGUUGGUACGACUUCUAACGACGCUCUUUUGUUUUGGCGUCCGCCACGUGUUAAUCAUCUGAGUGUAUCUGGUGUGUUUAUAUGGCUGUACAUGGUGGUGAAAUACAGAACGUAAAAGCUGAA